ACAGAGCAAGCAGCUUCAGGGUAGUUGGGCUGCUGUUUCUUUUGACCAGGCUGCUUGCUUUUGAACAUAAAAAUGGUUUGUGGAGUUAAUUUGGGGAUCUUGCUGAUUUGCUUAGUUCAAGCAGAGCAUGUGUGCUGUUUGUUGGCUCAACAAGCUCAGAGACAAAACAGCAUCGCAAAUGUUGGCUUCUUGCAACAUGGUGGUGGAUUUGCUGGCAGUUAUCCCCAGAAUCAACUCAGACGGUCUUCUGUUUCUACCGGCUCGGCCCAGAGCAGUAGCCUCAACACAGACACAGCCGUUAGCGGUGGUUAUGGUCAGAGAUUUCCCAGUAGUGGCGACACACAAACUGUUUCUCAACCAGAUAGUGCCUAUGCUUCAGUCAGGUUGGCGCUGAGAAGCUCGGUGUCAAAACCUAACUGGCUAACGACUAACUUGAAUCAGGAAACUGUGCAAAAGAUGCCAAAAAAGCAGCCAUUCAGACUCUCUACUCCUAUUGCUAGUGCUAGUACUGCUAGUAAGUACGCUCAAAAUCCGAUUAGCAAGACGAGAACUUGGCCAGUCCAGCAGGGCUCACCAAGAACUGGUAUAGAUCAGUCAAGCAGUUCUGAAUCUCUUCAAAGUCCGAGGGAAACGUACUCCUUUAAAUCUGCCUCCCACCAGGCAGCAGAACAAAAAGUUCCAGCUGUUGCUGAAACUCCAGCCUACUCUGGACAAAACGGUUAUUUUAGGUCUAUGAAGUCUUCCAGCUUUUCUAGCACCGAUGCUGCUGCACCAAACAGAAUCCCUGUUCGGACGAGAACAUCAGCCAGUGCCGUUGGUAGAAGAGUGCCUUUACGUCGUAGCUCUGUAGCCUCUACACCUUCACAUUUCCAGCCACACAGUGGAAAGACUCUCUCAAGCUACACCUCCACUGAGCAGAUCCCCAGCAGUACGAGUUCUCUCCAAGCGUCCUGGAAAAGCAGAAACCCGACGCAGGGAGCCGGUAACCUCCCUUCCUCUGGGACCAGCAGGUCGGAGACUUCUGGUCAGCACUUCGCCCCGACUACAACCCACAACAUCCCUCAACACUUUGGUGGCUACGCUAUCAGACGACUGAAAGAACCUGCUGACCAGAAGGACGGAAGUGUGAAAAAGCCACAGGCGUACGUGGCCCCCCAGCGGCCGUCUUCACCGAAGCAGGCGUACGUGCCCCCCCAGCAGGCGUACGUGGCCCCUCAGCGGCCGUCUUCUCCGAAGCAGGCGUACGUGCCCCCCAGCAGGCGUACGUGGCCCCUCAGCGGCCGUCUUCUCCGAAGCAGGCGUACGUGGCCCCCAGCAGGCCUACGUGGCCCCCAGCGGCCGUCUUCACCGAAGCAGGCGUACGUGGCCCUUCAGCGGCCGUCUUCACCGAAGCAGGCGUACGUGGCCCCUCAGCGGCCGUCUUCUCCGAAGCAGGUGUACGUGGCCCCCAGCAGCUGACUUCCCUGCAGCAGGCCUACGUGGCCCCCAGCGGUCGUCUUCACUCAAGCAGUCCCACGUGGCCCCCAGCGGCCAUCUUCUCCGAAGCAGGCGCACGUGGACCCCCAGCAGGCCUACGUGGCCCCCAGCGGCCGUCUUCUCCGAAGCAGGCGUACGUGGACCCCCAGCAGGCGUACGU